CCGUAUGGCAAGUAACAGCAAAUGACUCAAUGCGUAGAAUAUUGAGCCAAUGUAACGAUAUGUUCUUGAUUAUUAUGUAUAUCCUGCAUUAUUCUCUUGAUACGUGACAGCGCAGCCAUGUCGCCUUGUUUAUUUUCAUGUUCUUAGUCGAAUAUUUACAGCGUUGCUCUAAAUAUAGAGCACUCGCGAAUGUCAGGAUGGCAACACUGCGCACCUUUUAGUUCCGUUUGGUCAGUUUAACACGCCCUGCCUUGCCACGUGUUGCAGUGUUUCGAAGUUCGGCUGAAUUCUGUGAAAUGUCUCAGAAAGGUGACCGCAAAGAAGACUCUGCCUUGCCGGCGGAAGACAGGCCGCCAUCGCGGACACUCGGUGAGCCCAAAUCUCGUCCGCCUCCCGAGUACCCGUCAGAGUGGUUCGCCGCGCAUCCGGGAUCGAAGCCAAUCGCUCACAUAAAGCGCUGCUUCGCUUCGGAAGAGGAUCUCACGAGAGCCGUUUCGGCAGGCCUGGCUUCCGGCCGCUUGCCCGUCGAGUACGUCGUACAGUUCAUGCAUGUGGAAGGGGCUAAGAUUGAGAGCACGCUGACUGACGAUUGGGAGUCGUUCGGUGUGACCAUUGGCUGCGCUGGCGAAAGGAUAUCGCCGUGGGACCUUUUGACUAUCACAGAACAAUUGGAACAGGGCGACCUUGUCGACGUAGAAACAUCGGCUACGGCUACCAAUGAUAGCUCGCCGCACCGCACUCACCUCUUUGCUCUUGUGGUGUGCAUAUAUCGCCUUCUCGUCGCAAAGUGCCACGGAGGAAGACGAGACUACAUAAAGCACUUGCACGACAACCUACAACGGAUCCUUGGGAGGUUAAAUUGCAGUGGUCAGUACUUGGAGGGCGCCGAGAAGAAAUUCAGCCAAUGGAUUAAAGACAGAUCCUACCUGUCGUUAAUCGCUGCCUUGGACAUGUUCCUGCACCGCUUUAGCCGUCACGAUAUGGCCAUCCUGAGGGCCGGAACACACGUGUCGAGAUACAAGCACUGUACCGUCCUCGACGAUAUCGCGCGCCUGUGCAAGGUGACCGGACUACAGCCAUCCGAGCUUUUCCAGUGGGUUUUUGUUGAACGGGCUGCGGACGAACUAGACGUGAUCUUUCGAAAAGGUCAAGAGGUGUACGUCGAGCACUCUUACGCGCCGUACCUCAGCGACCUCGGUCUGUGUCGGCGUUCGCCGUACUCUGCCACCGCGAACCCCUUGAUUCACUACUGGUGCAACGCUACAGCUGCACUGAUGGGCUCACCAGAGUCUUCGAAGUCGAGAAUUACGUACGACGGUGACCUUUCCAGUGUAACCGUCAUUGCUGCGGUACUCGCUUACGCCAAGAUGCAACGCUGCUAUACAGCGAUGUUUUUUCCAGGAGCUGCCGAGUUUAUGCGUCAAGUGAUAGCCGAAGAAGAUAACCCCAGAGAUCUUGGGCAAAUGCCGAAAGUGUUCAAGGCUGCACGAUGGUACCAGUACCUCUCGGAGAAAUCGUUCAUUAUUGACCCAGAAAUUUCCAGGUACUGCCUUUCCAAGCUUCACACCGAAUCGCGCGAUGGCUCCGUGGGAGCCAAAUUGGCUGAGCUUCUUCCAAAGUGAAACAUCAAGCGACGUUUUCUUUUUCCAAGGGCACGUGCCGACCCGAUUAGAUAUAGAAAGCCACUUUGAAAGUACCCCCUUGCGGGGUAUCCGCCCUUUGGUUCCAGCUGUAAUAAAAAUGUUAUAAUCCAUUUCAUGGGUUCAUGC